GUCUGUACCGAGGGUCUUGGAGGUGGCCCCGAGUGAAGUGACUUCGAGGCGAAUCUGUAGGGGAGAAAUCGCCAUGGACGAUCAGGGUUGCCCCCGGUGUAAGACCACCAAGUACCGGAAUCCUUCCUUGAAGCUGAUGGUGAAUGUAUGCGGACAUACAUUGUGUGAAAGUUGUGUUGAUUUGCUGUUUGUGAGAGGAGCUGGAAAUUGUCCUGAGUGUGGCACUCCACUUAGAAAGAGCAAUUUUAGGGUACAACUCUUUGAAGAUCCUACUGUUGACAAAGAAGUUGAGAUUAGGAAAAAAGUGCUAAAGAUAUACAAUAAAAGAGAAGAAGACUUUCCUAGUCUAAGAGAAUAUAAUGACUUCCUGGAAGAAGUAGAAGAAAUUGUUUUCAACUUGACCAACAACAUUGAUUUGGACAACACCAAAAAGAAAAUGGAGAUAUACCAAAAGGAAAAUAAAGAUGUUAUUCAGAAAAACAAGUUAAAGCUGACUCGAGAACAGGAAGAAUUGGAAGAAGCUUUGGAAGUAGAACGACAGGAAAACGAACAAAGACGACUUUUUAUACAAAAAGAAGAACAACUGCAGCAGAUUCUGAAAAGGAAGAAUAAGCAGGCAUUUUUAGACGAACUGGAGAGUUCUGAUCUCCCUGUUGCUCUACUUUUGGCUCAACAUAAAGAUCGAUCUACUCAGUUGGAAAUGCAACUUGAGAACCCCAAGCCCGUAAAACCAGUGACAUUUUCCACAGGCAUCAAAAUGGGUCAACAUAUUUCAUUACAACCUAUUCAAAAGCUUGAAGAAGCAUUGUAUGAAUACCAGCCGUUGCAGAUAGAGUCAUGUGGACCACAGGUUCCUGAGCUUGAGAUGUUAGGAAGACUUGGGUAUUUAAACCAUGUCAGAGCUGCCUCUCCCCAGGACCUUGCUGGAGGAUAUACGUCUUCACUCGCCUGUCAUAGAGCACUGCAGGACGCGUUCAGUGGCCUCUUCUGGCAGCCCAGUUAACCUUUCUUUCCCAUUUUACAAGAUUGGGACCUUGGAGCAGAAUGAGAAGUUUGCAAAAGUAAAGCAAGCUUGUAAAAUUAUACCAUAUGCAGCUGCACAGUGGUACUUACCACUAGCAACUGUAUUAAAGCAUUUAUGAAGAAAAAAGUCAGAACUAAGCUGAGUAGUAUAGUAGAUGCAUAUUUGUGGAAAAAAAUGGAUAUUUUUCCUUAUAUUUUUUUCUGAGCAAUUAAAGCAAUAAGCCUCAUCUGGUGGAUGAUAUGAUUAAUUCACUGAUGUGUGUUUGAAGUUGACAGACAGACUUGUAAAAUCUUUUGUAAAAUAAAGCUAGACUUUAUAUUAA